AUGGCUGCUGCCGAGGACAUCUUCGACUACAUAGUAGUCGGCGGCGGAAUCGCCGGCUGUGUCCUCGCUUCUCUCCUUUCCAAAUCGAAAUCAUCACCCUCGGUUCUGUUAAUUGAAGCUGGCCCGGAUGUGUCGGGUCACCCACUGACCCAGUCUCCUUUGGGCUGCUUCGCCGCACACGGAUCGGAUAUUGACUGGAACUAUAAGACUGUACCACAACCACACCUCAAUGAUCGGUCGCUGUAUGAAGCCGGUGGGAAGGCUUUGGGGGGUGGUAGCGCAACCAACUAUGCCACCUGGACUCGUGGUCCGAAAGUCGAUUACGACCGGUGGGGGAAACUCGUAGGCGAUGCGAGAUGGACCUAUAACGGCCUCUUGCCUUAUUUCGACAAGAUCGAGAAAGACCACAUCUCAACUGUGGCAAUAUCAAAGAGCCACCCUGACCGCAAGUCUCCCUUGAGGGAUCAAGUCUUGAAGGCGUGGCUUGGUCUUGGACUGAGCCAGAUCGAGAACGCCAACGGCGGUGAGCCUCUAGGUGUAGGCGAAGUGGUCGAGAAUUUGAAGGAAGGGAACAGGCAGCUAGCGAGCUCAGCAUUCGACCUGAGAGCCGUUAAGGUCAUGACGGAAACUGCGGCGCAAAAGGUGUUUCUCGAAAAACGACAGGGAAAACUUACCGCUAUAGGAGUCCAAAUCCAUGGCGAGAGACAUUUUCUGGCAUCCAAAGAGGUCAUCCUCUCGGCAGGAGCAUUUCGCACGCCACAACUCCUCCUGCUUAGUGGAAUUGGUCCAGCUGCAGACUUGGAGAAAGCGAACAUCCCAACACAGCUCGACUUACCUGGCGUCGGCCUGAACUUCCACGACCACCUCCUGGUCGGAUUCGCUUUUCGCCUCAAAACCCCUUCACUGGGCCUUGCCAUGGGAGGCGUAGCCGGACCCUGGGCAGAGCCAGCACAUCAAUUGGGCCUUCCUGUGGACUGGGUUGUGACCGAGAACGUGCCGAGGUCCUUCUUGGAGGAGGCUGUGAAGAAAGAUAUGGUCCGCGACUCAUCUGGGGGUGGAGACACAUACCCUGUCUCGCUUCUCGACUCCCGGUCAGUCCACCUUGAAUCAAUCAUGAUAUACGCCCCUGGUGGCCUACCCAUCACCAACCUGCAUGUUCCCUUUGAUGGAACACAUAUAGGUGCCGUAGUGGGGGUUAUGUCGCCGACGUCCCGAGGCAGAAUCGGUUUAUCUUCCUCGUCGGCAUUGGACCCCCCAGUCAUCGAUCCCAACUACAACGCAACAAACGUCGAUCGCGCGCUCAUGCGUUAUGGAAUUCGCCGCUUGCUUCAAGCUGUUCAGCACUCCAUGUCUGACGUGGUCGAGUCUGAGAACCCUCCGCCUUCAUUCGAAGCCCUGUCAUAUACAUCUUCUGAUUCAGCAAUCGACGCUCGGGUGCGGUCCGAGGCUCGCACGUUCUUCCAUGCCGCAGGGACAGCAAGUAUGGGUUCCGUAGUGGAUACGCAACUGCGAGUAAAGGGCAUCGGUGGUCUGCGAGUUGUGGAUGCCAGCGUCAUCCCAAUACCAAUUGGUGGACAUCUGCAGGCUGCAACCUAUGCCAUUGCUGCGCAAGCUGCGGACAUGAUCACGCAAGAAAAUGGACGGCGGUGA